GAAACCGAGGGGGCGAUCUAUUUAAAAACACCGUGCAGCACUGCUGGUGUCGCUACCCCCCGCGCGGACAGGGCUCGAGCGAAGAAAGGACGCGCGCAGCAGAUGGAGCCUCACCAAUCGCGCCUGAAUGAACCGUGUUAUUGAUAAUCAAUAUCACGUCCGCUGCUGGAUGAUUGACACUUCGUACAGUAGCGCUGCAGACAAAACAACAGUAUCCGGGGCCUGAAUACCUCCAACAGACGGACUGGCAAGAAUUUUCUGCGGACACUGAAAAAGGUUACACUAUUGUGCAUCAUUCUGUGGCAGACGGUAUAGGCAGUGUCUGCUUCUGCCAAAUUAUGCGUAACUGAAGGCAAACAUCGCAUCUAACGGGCCUUCAUAUUUAGAUUACAGAGAAACAGGUGCAGUAGAUCAUUUUUCAAAUAGAAAAAAAAUAUAUAUUUUAAAAUUCAUGAAUGCUCUUAAAUUUAGGAAGACAUGCACUACCACUACGGAAUUUGUAUAUCACGGCUUUUAUAAAACGGGGCUUAGAGAGGACGGCAACCCCGUACACAUCAAGAGUGGGAUUCCUUAGAAGUGCUGGAUGCCAUCCGCUGUUGGUCAGAAAAGAGAAAAUCCUGGAAUGUCGUCAGCCAUCGAGAGGAAGAGCCUGGAGACUGGCGAGGAGCCUGUGGACGAGGUUCUGCAGAUGCCGCCCUCCUUGCUGACCUGCGGCGGCUGCCAGCAGAGCAUCGGCGAUCGCUUCUUCCUCAAGGCCAUCGAGCAGUACUGGCACGAGGACUGCCUGAGUUGCGAUCUGUGCGGCUGCCGGUUGGGGGAAGUGGGCCGCCGGCUGUACUACAAACUGGGCCGGAAGUUGUGCCGCCGGGACUACCUCAGGCUCUUCGGCCAGGACGGGCUCUGUGCGUCCUGCGAGCGGCGGAUCCGGGCGUUCGAGAUGACGAUGCGCGUGCGGGACAAGGUGUACCACCUGGAGUGCUUCAAGUGCGCCGCGUGCCAGAAGCACUUCUGCGUGGGCGACCGCUACCUGCUGGUCAACUCGGACAUCGUGUGCGAGCAGGACAUCUUCGAGUGGACCAAGCUCAACAGCGCCGCGUAGCCGCCCCCCGGACCGCGCCCCUGAGGGGGUGGGGCUCGAACCCGGGCCCGGGAACAUGGGAGUCAGUGCUGGACUCAUAUUUUAUACGAAGACAUACUUUUUUUGUAAAUCCAUUAAUAUGUAAUUUUAUAUUCACAGACGUACGCACGCAAUAAGACAUUUUCCUGAAUUCAGAUUUUUUGGUUGAAUGUACCGUCUCAUUUAAAUAUUGUAAGUGCGGUUAUUCAACUACAAUAAUCGGAAAGGCAUAUAGUAUUGCUAUUAACAGGAUUUGAGCUAAAAUAGUAUAUUAGGUUCAAAUAUAAAAAUCAGCUAUUAUAAAAAAACCUACUUGCACAUCUGAACGGCUCACAGGCUGGCAUAUUGAAUAUGUUCAGUAACGAUAAGUCUCCAUAUCUGAUACAUGAACUCAGUGAUGUUCCAUUGAUGAGUUAUUUUAAAGUACAAUCUUGAGAAUUAUUUGCUUAAAAAAAACAAAAUGUCAUUCAGUUGUAACUGAAAUCUGUAAUGUGGGGCGUGGGGGGGUCACAUGGAUACAGGGCUGGGGCAGCGCUCUGUCUGGUUGCUGUUAGGAUUGGCUGUGACUGUUAAUUUGCCUGUGCCAAACCGGGUCAGAUGCGUGUUUGAAAUGGAGGACAUACUUAAAGUAUUCCUUAGAUGGUGAUACAUUUUGAAAACACAUUCAAAGAUCCCUGGACAUUUUUCAUGAAUCAUGUUACUAACCAAGGACUGGAGAAUUUUGUUCUGAAUAUUGAUAUUUCAAAGCUUUCUUUUAAAUAAUAUGCAGUAUUUUUACUGGUGUCUAAAUGGAGAAAGUAUUUCAAAGAAGACCCAGUUCUGAACCUGUGCACAGGCUAAGGUAACUGUAGACCACUGGAAUGUUUAAAUAAUACAAAAAUGUGUCACUUCUAGAAAAGGAGUUAUUUGUCUAUAAACAAGACACUGAAUAAAGAGAGAAUUCAAUACAA